AUGACUUCAUCCAAGAUCAGCUCUGCCAUCCUUGCCUGCCAGCAUGGGAUGUUUCUAGUCCAGGAGUGGGAGUUCAUCUUGUCGGCUCUGCCAUCCUUGCCUGCAAUAUUUCCAGUCCGGGAGCGGGAGUUCAUCUCUUCAGCGGCAGGAAUGACUUCACGCAAGAUCAGCUCUGCCUUUCUUGCCUGCGUUGCUAUAUUUCAAAACAUCCUCAGCAGAACGGAAUAUUUCCAGUCCGGGAGCGGGAGUUCAUCUUCCCCUAUAAACAAUUUGGUUAGCAUAGCCAGACACAGCGCUGCGGAAGUAAAGCCAUGGAUAAUCAGCUCGGCCAUACAUGUCCGGAAUACAGCACCAAGGAACGACGUCGACAGCAUAGAGCAUACCGGCCAGCGGAAAGGUGAGAAGAAGAGGAAAGAUUGUAAGCUGGGGAGCAUUAUCUCUGCUGGGCUUCUCCAUAUUGUUGGCUCUGAACACGAUAUGAAGAGCACAGCUCGGCAUAUAGGUGCGGAGGCAAAGCCAUCGAUACCGUAUACCUUGGGAUUACUGCACCUAGGAACGACGUCGACAGCACAGUGUAUGCCAAAAUCCAGCGCACCCGCUGUACGGCAAGUGGUUGAAGGCUGUCUCGGCCGGUCAAUUGACCUUCAAGGAGGACCAGGUGGAGUGGGCGACAGAAAUCGAUAUCGUGGCACGGUGGCAAUACCGGAUCACGUCUUCAUGAAGGCAGCUUUCGAUCGCAAGGCGGACGCCGGCAUUGCAGACGCAGCGCUGAACCACUUCCUUCGACGCAUGCCACGCGAAGACCGUGACUGGACGCUAAGACCAGGCUACAAGAAGAACGUGACGCUGCGCUUGAAGGACCUCCAUAAGGCGACCCAUAUCUACUACGCAUGUCAGCACCGCAGCAAUGGACCGCAGGCACCAGCACCGCAGCCACCGACUCUAGGUCCAUCACGACGCAAAUCCAAGUACGCAGCAGCCCCCGAGGACAAGCUCGCCUUGCCUCACCUAAGCCCAAGGGGCAACGGCCGGAGGCUGCGGGUUGGCCCGAGCUGCAAGCUCGGGAGGAAUGAUCUUGCCGAAGAGGUGCGCGUUAGCGAGGUCGGACUCGUCUGGGGAGUAGUCAGGAGAUGGCACCAAGAAGGCACCCAUAGGAUCCCAGGUAUGAUCGAGGUUGUACCACUGAUGGUUUUCAUCCGUCACCAUCUCGUCUUAUUUGAAAAUCGUGUUGCCCUGGAUAAUGCGCUCCUAGACGCCCAAAGGGUCAAAGACAGGUAUUGCAGCGUCGGCGCGGCCUGCAAUCCAUUAGGAAUAGCGCCAUCUCUAAGCGCAGUGACGGUCGAGGACGAGAAGCGGUACGCCUUUGCCCUUGUUGGCGGCAUACCGUAUUGCUCAGUGCGCGACGCAUUCGUGGCCUUCGUGUCCGACGGCGCCUCGUUGGUGCAGAGGGCCGACCAGAAAGGUGAGAAGAAGGAGGAGGAUUGUGAGAAGGGGAGCGUCCUUACUCGGGAUUAUCCCUGCUAUGCUUCUCUGCAUUGCUGGCUCUAUAAACGAUCAUGGGUACCCUCACGCCAGAUCAGCUCAGCCGUACACUUUGUGGUUGAUGGUCCUAGGAACGACGCCAACACCAUCCAACGAAUCAGCGAGAAGGAGGAGAAGGGACAAGAGCAGCGAGAAUGGGUCUCAUUCUCGCCUAUUAACAGUACAUUUCUGCCCGAAGGCGCACCCAACGCCUUGCUCGUGGUAAGCACCUCAGAACAUGAUAUAAUUGCCGCCCAGGUAGCCGUUGUUCACCAAGUACCAGCCCCAGACAUAGUCACCAUGGUGGUGGAAUCUCACCUCCACCACCGGACCGCCGCCCACCCACCAAGCCGACGCCACCGGCACGAACUGCGCCAGCUUGUUGAUGGCGAGCCGAACGUCGUGGCUGCUGCCGGGACGCGGAGCGAUUCUGAUGCUGCGUCGUGCUGUGCUGGGCAGCACGCGGAGCUCGCGGCCGCCCAGCAACAGCGGUUGCUGGAAAGACACACGAAGGCAUCGAGGGCAAAGCCGCACUUACUUGGAACUGCACGAGGGCGUAAGGCUUCUGUGGUGAAUUCACGUGCCGUAAUGCGAGAACAUCUCUUGGUGAAGGAGGCUGGUAGGCUGGAAGCACAUCAGCACUUACUUGCCGACGAACAAGCAGGCCUCGGCCGGCAGGCCGCCCUGGGACCACUUGAACAGCUCCCUGAGAUAUGGAAGCUUGGCGGGGUUGAGCUCGACGAGGAAGGCGCCGAAGCGAUGGAUUUUUGGAGCGGCGACGUGAGUUUCCUCUCCGUCUUGCUCGCCUCGCGAGCCGGCGGUGGUGAUGUCGAUCUCGCUGCUGGAGAUGUCGACGCCAAGAGAGGCUGGAGCCGAGGCGACGGAUGCUGGGCUCGAUGGCGGAGACGGGACUGGAGCAUUGUCUGGCGUCUCAUGGGCGACGAUACCGGAGUCGACUUCUUUGGAGGCGCGGUAUGGAAAGGGCGCACGCGGCUUGGCCAAGUGGUUGAGGAGUGCUUGCCAGUUGCAAGCGAAUAUGACAUGCUCUCGUCGAAUGGGUCUCCGGUCUCGUGCAGCGGUGGCAAGUUGACGUACGAUGGCGCGACCAUUGUGGAUGUUGUCGAGCUGGUGCUGAUGCAGAGGAGGAUGGUAUGGAUGGAAGAAGAUGAAUGGCUCUGUCUGAUGCUGGUGGAGGUCGAUGAUGUCUUGAAGGAGGAUGCGCCUGAAGGACUGGCUCUGUAUGAUGCUGGAGGAUGCGCGUCGAUGAUGUCUCAAAGGAGGAUGCGCGUGAAGGAAUGGCUCUGUCUGAUGCUGCUGGAGGUCGAAGAAGAAGAGAGGAAAAGUUUGGGGGCCGAAAAAGUUCUUAUACUCGCGCGAACAGUCAGCACAGGCCAUGCUGGACUUUGGGAAGGUCCAGUGGGUCCACUUUCACGGAUCUGGCAAGGCGCUCUUUCCUCGCGGCUGCCCAUCACGCCAAGCCGCAAGGCUGACGCGAUGGCAUUGUACAAUGCCGGUCGUAGCGCAGGCUCGUACGAACCUCCACCACCAAUUGGGCUGUUUGGAAGCGGCGUGGUGGUGGAGGUACCGCUUCUGAGGCUGGAGCAGCAGCACUUCAUCUCGAAGCGCGAAGCUUUGGGCAGCCGCGUUCCGUAUUACGCAGACGCCUCCCAUUGGCUGUUCCGUGCACGUGCAGGUGCAAGCUCUUUCGUUCUCGCUCCGUCGUUGCUGGGCUUGAUGAUGAGCGAUGUGAAGCAUAAUUGCCUCACUUCAGAGCUUCAUUGCCAUGCUCAUAUCGUGAUGGUGUCGCUGCUACAAGUCUCGUCAGCUCGAAGCCUCUCUGCCACGAAGCGAUGGCUGCGCUCAUUGAAGCGAGACCAGGCUGAGCUGACUGUCACGUCCACACAUUUUGUGAGGUACCGCUCCGCCAUGGAGCGAUGGCUGCGCUCACCGAAGCGAGACCAGGCUGAGGUGGCUAUCACGAUGGAUCACGAGGCGUUAAUGCUUUCGCGGCCCAGACAUUUUCUCGAAGCCGCUCCGCUACGAAGUGAUCGCUGUAGCUAUUACGAUGGAUCACGAGGCGGUUAUGCUUUCGAAUGCGAUGGCAGUACAUGUAAUUGCACGGAAGGAGCAUUUGCUGCUGUUCAUGAAAGGCUCUUGAUGUUAGAGCACGCUAGUAUGUGUGCGAAGGGAAUGGAAUACCAAGCACUUGCUUCUGACGGUGUAAUCAAUGUUUCAUUGCCUGUCAAAACUGCAACCGCCCGGCCGUUUAGGAUGCUGGGCGAGAGAUUGCGCACGGCCUUUGAGCUGAUCGAGCAAGAGACUGACACGGUGAGCCAGGCGGCCUUCGAACUCUUCAAGCAAAAGGGACUUCGAACUACCAGCCGUAACCAUCCACUCCGCCAGCACCACCACUACAACAUCUUGACAAUGGACAGCAAUACACCAUACUACAGCCCUCUGGCUUCUUCUAGUUCCGCCGCCACAAACACUCCCGCCACGCCGACACUAUCAUCACCAGACCGGCUCUCUCUAGCAGCUGUUGACUCUGCCGAGACUCUUCUAGCAACGACCACCACCACCACCACUCAAGGCAAGAAACGCCUCCACUACCCGACACUCGUCACGGCACUGAAGUCCACUCUGAGCAAAUUUAAGAAGUGGGCGAAGAAGAAGGAGAAGGACGAGCGGCCGCGCAGACACUGGAUGGAUGGGAGAGGCUUCGCUGAGAAGCGUUGGACGAAGGCGCCCGCAUCUUUUUUUGGGUCAUUUGUAAAUUUUGGAGAUGCUCAAGUGCUCGCAAUGGAAAUUGAAACCUUUUUUCUUGGUAGGGGUUCUGACAAGGUUGAGGAGGAGGAGGUCAACGCGUCGCGUGAGUUCUGGAAUGCUCGCUUCCUCUAUCUAUGCUUCCGUCAUUUUUCGCUGAGAAUGCGUAGACUAGGCAGAAGAGAAGGUCCGGGGGAAGAUGUCAAGUACUCACGAUACGAGUGCAAGCGGUGCGCUCGUCCCAAGAUACAAUCAGCUCUAUACAGAUUUCUUGAUACGAAAGAGCGAGGCAAGGUAACACGGAGCUGCACGCCAAGCAUGGCCGCGCCUACUAAAUCCCACGAGAAACAGCAGAGUUGUACGAGUAAUCGUGUGCAGACUGCUCACAAAAGUACUGUCUAUAGUCUUUCCUCGCGCGACAAGGGCAUAGAAUCACGCUCGCUGUGGCAGGGGAGCAUAGGUCCAGGUAAGACACAGAAUAUUGUUUGGAACCACUCACUUCCCGACACAAAAAUAACUCAUCGUAAUCGAGAGCUGUUCCCGAGUACAAGUGCUGAGAUCAGCGUCGUGAAGCAAUUCCCUCCGUCAGCUCUGGACCUAGGCAUUAAGAGCAAAGAGACGGAGCUGCUUCGCGCUCGCUGGCGGCUCUUGGAUCAUCAGAGUGUUGUGUGA